CUUGCACUGCUUAUAGUGUAGGGCGACAAAAAGAGAAAAGAAAUAGGGAAGAAUUCCAAUAAUUACAAUUCAAGCAUUUAAUUAACAAACAUUUUAUCGAGUGUGCCACAAUGGAACACAACAGAGAAUUUUCCGAUGUCGACAUUAAUAAUGGCUCAGCGUCCGGUGCAUCCGACGACGAGGAGGAGGAGGAGGUGCCAGCGCCGGGCACGGUAACGUUGGAGCAUGAAAAUGAUUUAUUCGUAUCCGCAAUGACGCCCAGUGAGGUGCAUCGUCGCAUUUCGGCUAGCAAUCUGGAGGAGGUGCUGACAGAUGAUGGUGAUUAUUUCAUACAAAUUGUCGUCUCAGAUCCUCAAAAAGUUGGCGAUGGCAUGAGCUCGUAUUUGGCCUACAAAGUGACAACGAAAACAAACAUUCCAAAAUUCAAGCGCAACGAGUUUAGCACUUUGCGACGCUUUAGUGAUUUUCUGGGCAUACAUGAUCUGUUGGUUAAUAAGUAUUUGCGAAUGGGCAGGAUUGUGCCGCCGGCGCCGUCAAAGAAUAUUAUUGGCAGCACCAAGGUGAAGAUGAGUCCACAGCAAACGGAGCCGGGCACACCAAUUAAUCAGGAAUGGAUCGAAAUUCGACGUGCGGCACUGGAGCGUUAUGUCCAUCGUACCGCACAGCAUCCGGUGUUGCGUGUCGAUUUGGAUUUCAUUAAUUUCUUGGAGAGCGAUCAGGAGUUGCCGCGUGCUGUUAAUACAUCUGCUCUGAGCGGAGCUGGCGUCAUACGACUCUUCAACAAGGUGGGCGAGACUGUCAACAAGAUUACGUACAAAAUGGAUGAGAAUGAUCCGUGGUUCGAUGACAAGAUAACCGAAGUCGAGAACUUAGAUGCGAAUCUGCAGAAGCUUUCCUCAGCACUCAAAUCGCUGACAUCCUCGCGUCGUGAACUGUCUCUACUGACUGGCCUGGUGGCCAAAUCGGCGGCGAUGCUGAGUACGUGUGAGGAGCACACGGGAUUAUCGCGGGCAUUGUCCAAUCUGGCCGAUGUGGAGGAGAAGAUUGAGUUGCUGCGCUCGGAGCAGGCCAAUUCUGACUUUUACAUACUUGCCGAGUUUAUCAAGGACUAUUUGGGCCUGUUUACGGCCAUUAAGUGCAUUUUCCAUGAGCGUGUCAAGGCCUUUCAAAAUUGGCAGUACGCCCAAAUGCAGCUGUCGAAGCGACGUGAGAACCGCGGUCGCUUCGAGCUGGCCAAUCGUGCCGACAAAUUGGAUCAGGCGCAACAAGAGGUUGAAGAGUGGCAGACCAAGGUGCAAAAUUGUCAGCAACAAUUUGAUGACAUUUCGUCAGAGAUAAAGCGUGAAAUGGAACGCUUCGAGCUGACAAGAGUGAAAGACUUCAAAGCCAACAUUAUCAAAUACAUUGAAGUUCAAAUGGCGCACCAGCAACAGAUCAUCAGCUAUUGGGAGGCCUUUGCACCGUUUGCCCGAGAAAUUGUUUAACUUGAAUCCAAAUUGUCAGAUGCAUUUCCAACCAAAAAUGUUCAGCAAACAGCUUCAGCGGCGCAGUGCUAUGAAUAUAAAAUUCUAACCUAAUGUGUGUGUGCGUGUGUGUGUGUUUUGUAAUUUUUGCGGGACCAGGCGCUGAUCUUGAAAUCGAGCCGCUUUCGCUGCUGUUGAACAUUUGCUAAACGCUUUAAAUUCCUCUCAAAUUGGUAUCACUUCAGGUACUAAUUACACUUGCAGAAACAAAAAAAGUUGAACUUUUUAUUACAAAUGUAUUCAAACACACAUAUACAUAUAUUUCUAUUCUUACACCGUAAUUAUUACUAUUAUUAUUAUUACUGCAAAUAUUGCUUUUAUUUUUGUAAAUGUAUACAAAGAAAAAAAAAUGGUUUAUUAUAGACUUUUGGUGUAGUCUACAGUCGCACAGCGCGAAAUUAUUCUCAUUCUAAAUUCGGUAUUAUCUAAACUAAAAACAAAAACAAAUAAUAACUUCAAUGAAACCAGUUAUUAAAUGAAAAUGCAUGAAACAAAUUGAAGAAU